AUGGUCCAACCACGCAUGCUCUCACGGGACGACGAGGCCACGGCCGGCGGCGAAGAGAAUGAAGUUCGUCGCGAGGACCAGGAGAAGAUUAAUCGGUUCAGUCGGUUGCACCAGCGGGAGACUGUGUUGGAGGAGCAGUUGAAGGCGAAGCAGAAAGACAAGGAAGAUCUCGAGGAAGUCUCUACAGAACUCGAACUCGCCGAUGAGGACGAGCUUGUCCCCUACAAAAUCGGCGACUCCUUCUUCCAGCUCCCCCUCGCAGACGCCCAGUCCAUGCUCGAGGCCUCUACAGCACAGAUCGACGCUGACGUGUCCAAGCUGGAGGACUCGCUGGGCGAGUUGCGCGAUGAGCUACAGCAGCUAAAGGUCUCGCUCUAUGCGCGGUUUGGAAGGAGUAUCAACCUGGAGACUUAA